AAUCCAAAGCAUUAGUACGCAUGUAUAUCACGCUGUCCACGCGGUUAAUUUUGCCUUGUCGUCAAGUCUUAUGCUUUGAUAGAUCAGUCAUCACGGAGAUACUGGUCAACAAAUAUUUGCGAAGAAAUGAACUACCACGUCGUCGAGGGGCAAUUCGACGACGCUGAAAGCGACGUUGACGUCUUGCCUAGCGCCGAAGCGACGCCGAGCCUGGCCGUGUUAUCGAGUGAACGCCGCAGCCCAGAGCAUCUGCCGAGCGACGACGACGACUCAUUCGGCGAAGGCGACCUGAGUGGCGACGACGGCUACGACUGGGACGACCUUUCCCGAGGGAGUGUGUACCACAACUCGGCCAGCGCCGGCAGUCGCCCGAAUGCGCAACGUAGUGCCAACCCGAAUUCAUUCCAGUCCCAGUGUAAGGUUCUCUCUGGCAAGUACAGCGGGAAGAUCAACCUACAAGCGUACUCUGGUCCAGCUGUGGCUGCUGGCGCGUUAAGUGUGUUGAACGAGGCGAGCCGCAGGCGAGACGCUGAGCGCGUCCGCGUCCGUGACAAGGUGGAAAGGGCGACAGCGGAGCAGGUCCUUGAUCGCAGGACACGAAUCAUUCUUUUUAAGCUCCUGAACCGUGGCCUAGUGGAGCAGAUAAAUGGCUGCGUGAGCACGGGCAAGGAGGCCAAUGUAUAUCAUGCCACGGCUGGCGGUGACGGCGCUCCAGAUCGUGCCAUCAAGAUCUACAAGACGUCCAUCUUGGUUUUUAAAGACCGUGACCGCUAUGUCACCGGCGAGUUCCGCUUCAGGAGCGGCUACUGCAGUAGCAACCCGCGCAAAAUGGUCCGUACCUGGGCAGAAAAGGAGAUGCGAAACCUCUCGCGAAUAUACGCCGCAGGGCUGCCUUGUCCAAAACCCAUCGUUCUCCGAAGCCACGUGCUUGUCAUGAACUUCGUCGGAAAGGAUGGCUGGCCGGCACCCAAGCUCAAGGAUGUCUCUCUGAGCGAAUCCAAAGCGCGUGAGCUUUACAGAGACUGCAUUAUCUUGAUGCGACGGCUCUACCACGAAUGUCGCCUUGUGCAUGCCGAUCUAAGCGAGUACAACUUGCUAUACCACGAAGGUAAGAUUGUGAUAAUUGACGUGUCACAAUCAGUUGAGCACGACCAUCCGAAUGCGCUCGAGUUUUUGCGCAAGGACUGCACCAACAUCACAGACUUUUUCAGCAAGCGAGAUGUGAAGACAAUGAGUGUUCGGCAGCUGUUUGACUUUGUCACAGACCCAACCAUUAACGAAGACAACAUGGAUGCUUACCUUGAAAAAGCACAGUCACUUGUUGAAGAAAGUGGUUCAGAAGCCACGAACCAAGUAGAUGAGGAAGUUUUCAAGAAGACAUACAUACCCCACAGACUGGACGAUGUGCUUGACUUUGAGAAGGACAUUGUUGGUGUGCAGGAGGAAAACAAAAAAAUUCUCUAUCACACCAUUACAGGCAUGAAGCCUGACCUGUCAGGCCCAGCUGAGAAGCCUGCACUACUCGAGAAUGGCUCAGAUGACUCGUCCUCGGAGGUCAGUGAAAGUGACAGUGAAUGUGAAGAUGAGGAAAGUGAGGAUGGCAAUGACAAGGAGUCAAAAUUUGUGUGCACAGCCAGGCCUAAAGGGGAGUCAUUGGAAGAGAAGAGGGAAAGGAAAAAGGCAGUCAAGGAUGCCAAGAAGGAGAAGCGCAAACUGAAGUUGCCUAAGCAUGUCAAGAAGCGAAAAGAAAAGCAGGGAAAGGCACGCAAAAAAUGAAGUUUCAUUUUGAGGUUUCAGAUUUAUUGUGUGUGUGUGUGACAUGACAAGCUCAGUCGAGCAACUGUCACUGCAAAACUAGAAUGACAAGUGUUUCUUUAACCAACAACACCUGCCACCGCGGCUGUGUGGUUAUGGCAUUCUGUUGGUAGACAUGAUGCCACAAUUUCAAUUCCUGGCACUAGUGGUCAAAUUUUAAUUGGACCAUAAAGGCUAAACCCCAUGAUAGUGAUUUUAUGCGCUACAGCGACGAGUGCCGGCUUCGAACGAUGGAUCGGGCCGUCGCUUGAACAGAUCGCUCAGUCUUGUCGCUCGAUCGCCCGGAAGUGCCAUGAGCGACUAGCCAAUAGCGCGAAGCCGGAAGUGGAAGUACAUUACUCAAAUAAUACUGAUUGUCACACGGAAUGAGCUAACGAUUGAAUUUUUAUACGUGCAAGAAUAACAACCUACUGCAAGACCUUCACAAAUAUUUUAUGCUGCUCUUUACAGUAAAAUACAUCAACCUGAUAAAGCACGAGUCAUGCUAGAUUCAACACUUAUUUGCUGCCCUCAUGCAGGCAACACCGGGGAGACAUUGCUCGAAAUCGUCACUCGCAUGGGGUACGACUUGUAGACGACGAGCGAAUGCGACAGCCAUCUCCAUCGCAUCGCUUGUCGCUGUCGCGCGCAAGAUCGCUUCCAUGGGGUUUAUAUUGAAAUGCUCUUGUUGCAAGCAUUUGCCACAUAACAACAGGUGGCCAAUGUUGACCCGGAGCCCUCCACUAUGAUUCCUGCCAUAGCCAGUCUUGCUUUAGGGCGUUAAACUCCGCCAGUCACUGUCAAUGAGGUGAAAGCACAAAGCUGUAAAGGAAGCUUCUUUUAGAGCUUUGGGCUUGUUUUCAAUACCUAAACAAUUUUGCCACCUUGCAGAUAUCUACUGGACUUGUUUGUUUAUUUAAUCUAACACACGUUCCACUCACCGAGUUAGAAUCAUUUCGAGAAUAUUGUCUAUUGCUCACAGAGUGUUAACUGAAAAUGUUGUCAAAAGGCACUGAGACCUUUCAUGUACAUGUGUGUACAAAAGUAAUUGAAACACAGGAGCUGCUGCUGAAAUGCAUCCCAGUGCCCUCUAGCAUCCUCAAGGAGAGGCUAGAAAUUGGGUCACAUGUGCUCAGGCCAGCACUCAUAGCAGUUCGCACGUUUCAAUCCGUUCCUUUAUCCAUGGAUUGGAACAUUGUUUGCAGCUUCUGCAGCUAGCAUGAUGCCGCGGAUCGCAUAGGUGUUUCUGUACUUCACAUGUGUUAGGCACGUGUAGCUGUGCUAUCAGCAACAUGAUAGCAAGUGUUCGGCUACACCUGCCGUGGUGAUAUAGUGGCUAUGGCUACUAAGCCUGAGCGCACAAGACCAUAUCCCAGCCAUGGCGGCUGUGUUACGGUGGGGGUGAAAUGCAAAAACCUGUGUACCGUGCAUUGGGCGCAUGUUAAAGGGACUGACAACGAAUUUUCAUGGUACCCAUCUUCUUUAGUGCAAUGGAAACGUUACAGGUGAGAGUGUGUAAUCAUGAAGUGGUAACGUGGAAAACGCAUUGCAACAUUUUUAAUCUGAAUUUUUCUGUCUGCAGCGAGGAUGUAGUUGUUCACCGGAAGCAUGCUAAAAACAUUGAUAGGUGAGCCUGAUAGCGAUUAAACGCCGGCAUUAGUGAGAGGCAGACGACAGGUGUGGCCGUAGCUGUGAGAAAGUAUUUUGUUUAUGAAGUUGAUCCUGCUAUUCAUGUUUCCCGAAGUGUGAAAGUAUUUCUGUGGUAAUAGCUAUCUGUUUUCGUGGUUUCCUGUCCAACUGCUCUGGUAUUUAACCAGUAAAAAUGAAACUAACAGGAUCGAAAAUGGAACGACGCUUUUACAUGUUAUACGCAGUUUAGCUUGCUGCUGUAGCCAUGCGUGCACUUUUGAUUUUCGAAGCAUAGAAUAAAGCACGAGUGUCUAAUAUACCAACUGCAAUUUUAAGCGAUAGUGAUGCGGUACUUAAUGUUGACUUGCAUACAGUAAUACUAUAGAAUACAUCUGAAGUACCAAGAUUUCACCGCCAGUCCUCGCGACUUACUGGUUAGACUUUCUUUGCCAAUUUAAAGUUAUAAUUCCUGCUUAAAUCAUGAACAGCAUGCUGGAUUUUAUCACUACAAAUCGUGGUCCUUUCAUUUCUAUAAAUGUCUCGCAACACAUUCUGGCCAGUUGUCAGUCUCUUUAAAGAACUCCAGCUGGUCAAAAUUAACCCCCUGAGUCCCGCACUACGAAGUGCCUCAUAAUCAACUCAUCACGUGAAACCCCAGAAUUUUUGUUGCUCAGCCACAGAAGCUGCAAGCAACACUCCUAUGUACAGGAUAAAGAGAGGGCCAAACUGGCUAUGAGCGCCGGCCUGCGUGCAUGCAUGAUCCAAUUUCUAGCUUCCCCUGAAAGAUGCUAGAAAGCAGUAGGUUUGGCACAGCUCCUGUAUUCCAAUAACUUUUGUCUGUAGCAGUUUCAUUAGCUCUGAUGAACAGCAAUGAAUGGUUUACUUUUUCAACAAGCAAAACUGUUCUUGCAUUAAGGCAAGUGAUGAUGUUGCAGUAGGAAAGGGGUUUAUACCAGUUGCACAUUGUGAAAUAGUGAUCACCAUUGAGAAAAAUGUUUACCGGUUGUAUUAGGUGUUGAUUCCUACCCUUAACUUGUCCUUUUAAAGAAGCUUGUAACCUUUACAGGCCUGCUCUAGAGGUAAAAACAAUAUUGCCAAAUAAGGAUGUUGCACCUUCUAGUAUAAUUUAUUUUGCACUUGUAAAAAAGAAUUUCGGAAGCAAUCUUUCGUUGAAAUAGGAAGUUCUUGUAUUUACAUUGGUUGUCAUGUGAGUUAUGGUCUCUGAGGAAAGGAAGCUGUAUUUAAACUCUCACUAAAAUUUCUGUUGCUUGUUCUGA